AUGUCCUGGACCGGUUUCAAGAAGGGCGUCAACCGCGCCACGACGCAGGUGUUGAUGAAGGCCGGACAGGUGGAGAGGACAAAUGACCGCGACUUCGAGACCGAGCACAGGCGCUUUCGCACCAUGGAGACCGCCGCAAACAAGCUGCAGAAGGAGGCCAAGGGCUAUCUAGACUCUCUUCGAGCCAUGACCGCUUCGCAAAUGCGCAUUGCGGAAACAAUAGAUGCCUUCUACGGCGAUGCCGGCGCAAAAGAUGGUGUCAGCAGGAGCUACAAGCAGGCAGUCACGGAUCUCGAUGCUGAGACUAUAAAAGCGCUGGACGGACCGUACCGAACUACCGUCUUGGACCCCAUCUCGAGGUUCUGCGCCUACUUUCCCGACAUCAAUGCCUGCAUAACGAAGAGAGAGCACAAGCAGAUGGACUAUGACCGCAUGCGCGCUCAGGUCAAGAAGCUAACCGAUAAGCCCGACAAGGACGUGACCAAGCUACCACGCGCCGAAAAGGACGAGCAGCUUGCAAAGGCAGCCUAUGAUCAGCUGAACGAGACGUUGACCACGGAACUGCCUCAGCUCAUCGAUCUUCGUGUUCCGUAUCUCGACCCCAGCUUUGAAGCACUAGUAAAGAUUCAGCUCCGCUUCUGCGCAGAAGCGUAUUCACGAAUGGCCCAGGUGCAACAGUACCUGGAUGCAGAUACUAGGGAUCAAUAUGCUCAGGGACAGCUCGACGCCAGAGUGGAAGAGGUGCUAGAAGAGAUCAGAGGAUUGAGCAUUGCUGGCACUGUCUGA